AUGAUCUUGGCAGCAAAGGGCGAGACCGACUUCCACCUCAAGGAAGAGCUGCUGCGCCAGCAGUUUGUCAAGGAAGAACUUGAUCGGAUGCGCGACGAGCUCACACGGCCCGCUUCUGCAGCUCUUGUGCGGCCCGUGCCGGCAAUGGCGGAGCGGGUGCCGCAACCGAGGGAUCCCAUCAUCCCCCCGGCGCCCCCGGAGGAGGUCUCCAGCGACCUCCGAGUCCGCUUAGCCUCCCUUCGGAGUCAGCUCAGUGAGGCGCUGCCAGAAGAGGAGCACCGCCCACGGACGAGCGAGUCGCUGCGCAAGCAGCUGGAGGCGCUCCGUGCGCAGCUGGAGCGAGACUGA